UUCCCCUGUGCUGGCCCUGCCACUGGAUUUUUGUGGAUUUUAGCAUUUUGGAUUUUAGAUCUCAUGAGAUACCUCUCAGGGAAAUGUGUGCUUAAUGCCUCUGCUCUGACCUAAUUGAUUGACAGUUGGCGGACAAUUUACAACUAUAUUUCUUCUCGUUUAUGAGCUGUCUUAAAGAAGGCAUAAAACUAAUUUCCUGAAAAAAGCAGAUCUCUUCAAUAUGGCUUUGGAAGCCACUUAUGAAGAAGUAAGUUUCACAAAUGAAUCCACGUGCUCAGGCACCAGCUCAGCCUCUCCUGCAGCACCCAGAGAGAAGAGCUGCCUUCACAACAGUAACUGUGUUUUUUCCAAGCUGCUUUUUGCCUCAUUGCUGCUGCUGCUUCUGUUACUGGCAGCCUCGUUCCUUCUGGGUGUGGUCAUUUUCUUCAAAAAAUCUCAGUGUCUUGAAGAAAAAAAGACUACAGAAGAACUGAUUCACACAAAAUUGGAGUGUAUGGUAAAGAAGCUGACCAAGGAAGAUGCCCAUCCUUCCAAUGCACAGAAAGUCUGGAGCUGCUGCCCAAAGAAUUGGAAGUCAUUUGGCUCCAACUGCUAUUUUGUUUCUACUGAGUCAAAAUCUUGGAGUGAGAGUGAGAGGAGCUGCUCUCAAAUGGGGGCUCAUCUGCUGGUGAUCAACUCCAAGGCUGAGCAGGACUUCAUCAUUAAGGAUUUGAACCAACAUUCUGCUUAUUAUGUGGGGCUGUCAGAUCCAGAGGGUCAGGGACAUUGGCAAUGGGUGGAUCAGACGCCGUAUAAUGAGAGUAUCUCAUUCUGGCACCCGGGUAAACCCAAUAAUCCUGAUGAGCGGUGUGUGGUUGUAACUCUUCCUCCUGUAUACCAACAAUGGGGCUGGAAUGAUGUACGUUGUGAUGGUCCUCAGAGGUCAGUUUGCAAGAUGAUGGGGAUUUACUUAUGAAUGGAGCAUUGUCUAUGGAAAUGUGUCUCUUUUUGUACCAGUACCACAGUUUUGAUUGCUGCCUUUUGUAAUCAUUGAAAUCAAGAAGUGUGAUGCUUCCAGUUUUGUUCUUCUUCAACAUUACUUUGGCUACUUUUUUUUUUUUUUUUGUGAUUCCACAAUAAAUGUAGGAUUUUUUCCUAUUUCUGUGAAAAAUGCCAUUGGCAUUUUGAUAGGCAUUACAUGUAAUCUAUAAACAACUUUGGAUGGUAUGGACAUUUUAACAUUAUUAAUUUUCCUAGUACAUGGGCAGUGGAUAUAUUUCCAUUUCUUUAUGUCUUCUUUAAUUCCUUUUAUCAAAAUUUUAUGUUUUCAAUGUACAGAAAUUUCACUUCAUAAGUUAAAUUUUUCCUUAGCAUUUUAUUUUUCUGGUACUUUUGGAAAUAGGAUUAUUUUUAAAUUUCAUUUCUAGAUAGUUUUAAAUUUUAUUUUUCUAUAGAGUGUAUAUGUUUGUCGACAGACAGAAGUAGAACGGGGAAGAGAGAGAGAGAGAGAAAGAAAUCACCCUCCAGUGGUAAUAAUCAUGCUGCAGUCAUUUCUCUAUUCUCCUGUUGGGAUUUUGGACAUACAUGCACCCAGGCAGGGGGUGUUUUUAAACUUCCAUGUUGGAGAUCACACAGGCUGCUGUAUGGGAUAUAGGUGCCUUAACCUCCACUUCAUCUGCUGACUCCAAAUUAUUUUUAGCUUCAAGAAAUGCAACUGGCAAGAAGGAGAGAAUCAAGGGGGGAGGAGAGCAAAACAUUAAUGAACACAAAAUGGGAAAUCACUUGUUGAUGACAAUGUGUGUGGUAAUAUCUUUGCCUGGACUUAUAUGCAGUACACUCAUGCCCGGAAAGUCCAUUUUGUAAAUGUGAAAAAUAAAAUAUAAAAAUUUGAGGGAAAAAUAAACAAA